CACUAGAAGCGGCCAAUCAAAUCCCAGAUGUUGUUUCGGUGCAAAUUUCAAACGCCGAUGAGUCGACAAACGAACGGACAGCCCGAUAACCCUAGUUGUUAGUUAAUAGGUUAAGACCGCUUUUGCGUUAAGAAAAUUUGUUUCAAAUAAAUUUUAGCUGUCUGCGGUGGCAACAUGAGAGUGAGUGAAGUCCACGCAGCAGAGUCUGUUGCCUACCUCAACAGAGCAUUGGUGAGGUUGCAGGAUAUUUGGGAAGAAAUUGGGAUUCCAGAGGAGCAGCGCCUUCAGAGAACCAACGAGGUUCACAAGCACAUUAAAGGUUUGUUGGACCUAAUGAUUGCCGAAGAGGAGGAGCUCAAGAAGAGAUUACUGAAAAGCAUAGAGUCAUGUCUUAAGGAACUCAGCAUUUUGUACAGUGAACUUCAGCUGCCCCCCUUUGAGGAGGAGGAUGGUUGCACCAUGCUGCAGAUGGAGAAGAAUAGUCGCACACGUCUAGAGGUGAUGAAGGAGCACAAGAAACAGAGAAUGGAAGAGCUUAAGGGGCUCAUUGCCAAAGACCGUGAGCUCUGUGGUAUUAUGUGCACCACCCCCUUUUGCAUUGACCAGGACUCCAUCCCAUCACUGCAGCAACUGAAGACAUAUCAUGCCUACCUGGAUGAGCUGACCAAAGAGAAGGGGCGCCGCCAUGAUGAAUUUGUGAGCAUCAAAAAGGAGAUCAUCGCAUGCAUGGAUGACCUGGAGCAGCAACCAGAGACCAGUUUUGAGAUGGAUGUGAUGUGUGAGGAUGAAGAAGCAUUUUGUCUGUCGGAUGACAACAUUAAUGCUCUUAAACUACUUCUCAGUCAGUUACAAACACGCAAAGCAGAGAAUGAGGUCUGUUGUUCAGCUUUCCGUUCGAAGAUCCAGGGACUGUGGGAAAGACUUCAGAUUCCCCAAGAGGAGAGGGAAGCCCUCUCUGAGCAUAUGGUCAUGUCGAAGAAGAGAAACAUUGAGGCACUCCAGGCUGAGGUCCAGCGUCUAGAAGUCCUGAAAAUGCACAGCAUGAAAAGUGUCAUUGAGGCCAUCAGAACAGAGAUGGCCCUUUUCUGGGAAAAAUGCUUUUACAGCCAAGAGCAGCGACAGGCUUUUGUUCCAUAUUAUGCUGAUGAUUUCACUGAAGAGCUUCUCAAUCAGCAUGAGGCUGAGGUCAAGACUCUGGAGAAGUAUUAUGAGGACCACAGAGAACUCUUUGAGGGGGUCACAAAGUGGCAGGAGAACUGGACCGUGUACUUGGAACUUGACAAAAAGGCUAAUGACCCUUCAAGGUUCAACAACAGAGGUGGGAACCUUCUGAAAGAAGAGAAGCAGAGAGCUGACCUGCAGAAAAGUUUGCCUAAGCUGGAAAAGAGCCUGAAGGCCCAAAUUGAUGUUUGGGAGCAGCAGCAUGGCAAGGAAUUCCUGGUCAACGGACAGAAAUUUCUUGAGUAUGUGCAGCACCAGUGGGAUAAUCACCACACUGAGAAGGAGAAAGAGAAACUGGAAAGGCAACUGAAGAAAACUAAACAGACGCAGGAGGACAUGUUAUAUGGAACUGUGAAGAGAACACCAUCUAAAAGGCGCAUAGCAGGAACUCCCACUCCUGGAAAAGUAAAAAAGUUCAAUGCCACCUCGACCAUCUCCACUCCCACCAGCUUCCUUAGUUCAGGCCUCAGUGGAACCUUGUGCCAGUCCUCCAUCCAGAAACCACCUCUGUCUGCCAGCAAGGGUCUUGGCCUACGAAACACUGGACACGGAAGGACUCCCCGUGCAUUAGACCGAAACAAGGAAAACAUCUCCCAUCUUAGCAGAAAUACUCCAAGUGCCACACUAAGGUCUCAGGAUACUCAAGAUCACACCUUCACCAUUAACUCUAUUGCUGGCUCCUAUUCGGAAUUUGCGAGAAACCUGUCGGAGGCGAAUGUUAAGUCAGGACAGCUGAACUCCACCGUCAGUCAUCAGUGAUGAGUCAAAGCAGCUGCUCCAGCACUGGACAUCAUCCAGCUCAGCAGUAGUUUGGUGUAGGUUUGAUAUCGUGGACAAGAAGGGAGUAUUAAUGUAAACUUCCUGUAAAACAUGUAAAUAUUUUAAUGUGUUUCCAUCAGUGCUGUUUUCCUAAGACUUCAUUUCUGAUUUACCACUUGAGGAGUUUCCUCUGCUGUGUGUUUUGUGAUGACAUUUGUACCAAGGCUGUUGUGGCUUUUAUUAUGACAUUUUUCUUUUGGGGUUUCAGCUUUUUAAAGCUUUUUUUAACCAUAUCUAGAGCACUACAUUGUUUUAGUAUUGUACCAGUUAACUAGUGCACCAUAAUUUUUUUCCCCCCAGCUGGAAUGACAGCUAAAUUUGAUCUCCAGAAUCAGAAUAUUUUGAGUGCUUUUUACGAAAUCGAGCUGUAAAUAAACGUUUAAAAAAAAAAAAA